GAACGCGCCUCGCAGUCUAAAGAGCGCUCUGGUUAAUCUUGCAGCUGUGCUCGUGGCGCGAAGAACUCCGCGGACGCGCCGGGUUGAGGAUGACGCACGGCAGCCAAUAGGGAGGAGCGCAAAUGAUGCGAGCUACGAUGGAAGGCGGGGUGAAUCAGAGUGGCCGCGACAAGUGGGUCAUCGACGGGUCGCGAACGAACUUGCCUUCUAAAUCGGGCAUAUACUUCGUCAGAGUGAUCGAGCAGUGACGUCGACUCUGGGUGGCUUCUCUCCUCCGUCCUCUGCUGUCUCUCGGCCCCGCCCUUGCUAUAUAUACCGCUCAUUCGCCAUGUCUCGCGUCUACAUUACUCAAAUCCCCCCCUGCUCGACAACAUGUCCUCUACCAUCGGCGCCAUCAAGGAGGCGUUCACGUCCGCGACCGGCCAAACCGCCAAGGUCGCCGACCUCCAGAACGUUACCUUCGACCCAUCCAAGAAGCCUACGAAAGGCCUAACCACUGACCAUGGUGUCUUUGUGUCCGACACCGACAAUUGGCUUCAAGCUUCCAAUGGUGCUCAUCCCGGACCGGCCCUUCUUGAAGACCAGAUCUCCCGCGAGAAAAUCAUGCGCUUCGACCAUGAGCGUAUUCCGGAGCGUGUCGUCCACGCUCGCGGCGUUGCUGCUCAUGGAUACUUCAAGGUCUACGAUGCCAGAGCAUCCAAGUACACUUCGGCGCCCGUAUUGACCGAUGCGUCUCGCAUUACGUCCACGUUCGUCCGCUUUAGCACUGUUCAAGGUUCCCGUGGGAGCGCCGAUACUGUACGCGACGUCCGCGGCUUUGCCACGAAGUUCUACACGGAGGAGGGUAACUGGGACUUGGUUGGCAACAACAUGCCUGUCUUUUUCAUCCAAGAUGCUAUCAAGUUCCCCGACCUCAUUCACGCCGUGAAACCGGAACCACACAACGAGGUGCCUACAGGCCAGUCGGCCCACAAUAACUUCUGGGAUUUUGCUGGACUUCAACCCGAAUCUGCGCAUAUGGCGUUGUGGGCUAUGUCUGAUCGCGGAAUCCCUCGCUCACUCCGGAUGAUGCAAGGUUUCGGGGUGAACACGUUCACUUUGUUGAAUGCACGAGGGGAACGUUUCUUCGUCAAGUUCCACUGGCUUCCUGAGCUCGGCGUCCACAGUUUGAUGUGGGAUGAGGCUUUGAAAAUUGCUGGGCAGGAUCCAGACUUUCACCGGAAGGACCUCGAAGAAGCCAUCUCUACUGGCGCCUACCCCAAGUGGCAAUUUGGCAUUCAGGUCAUCCCCGAGGCCCGCGAGAACGACUUCGAUUUCGAUAUCUUGGAUGCUACCAAGGUUUGGCCAGAGGAGCUUGUUCCUGUGGAAAUCAUUGGCGAAAUGGUUCUCAACCGUACCGUCGACGAGUAUUUCCCCGAGACAGAGCAGGUCGCGUUCUGUACAGCGCAUGUCGUCCCGGGUAUCGGCUUCAGCGACGAUCCUCUACUUCAGGGUCGCAACUUCUCCUACUUCGACACGCAGCUCUCGCGCCUAGGCAUCAACUGGCAGCAGCUACCUAUCAAUCGUCCGGUGUGUCCUGUACUCAAUCACCAUCGCGACGGAGCCAUGCAGCACAAGAUAACCAAGGAUCUGAACUAUUGGCCAAACCGCCACUCCGUCGGGCCCCCGGUUCCGCCCGCCGAGGGAGGAUACGCUGAGUACCCCCAGAAAAUCCAGGCGAUCAAGCAGCGCCUGCGCAGCCCUAAGUUCCAAGAGCAUUACAAUCACGCACAACUGUUCUACAACUCUCUGCAGGACUACGAGAAGGCGCAUGUGGUGUCGGCACUCUCCUUCGAGCUCAGCCACUGCGACGACCCUGUCGUGUACGAGAGCUAUACGAAGCUACUGAACAACAUCGAUUUCGAUCUUGCCAAACAAGUCGCCAUCAACGUCGGGGGUGUGGUGCCGGACAAGCCCGCCCGCGCGAACCACGGUUACUCCUCGUCGAGGCUCUCUCAGCUCGCUUUUGCCCCGAAGGAGCCGACUAUCAAGUCCCGCAGGAUUGCGAUCCUCCUUGCCGACGGCUUCAAACUCGCCGAGGUUGAAGCUCUUCGUGCCGCCUUCAAGGCAGGCUCGGCAACCACCUGGAUCAUCGGCCCCCGGCGCGGUUCUGUCUAUCCUGACGGCGAGCAAGUCGGUUCCGGCAAGGGAUACAGCGCCGACCACCACUACGAAGGCCAGCGCAGCACCAUGUUCGACGCGAUCAUUAUUCCCAGCGGCGCGAAGCAUGCUCAGGCUCUCGCGGGGUCCGGUCGUACCAUUCAUUGGGUACGGGAGGCCUUCGGUCACUGCAAGGCCAUCGGUGCCCUUGGCGAGGGCGUCGCGUUUCUCCGCGAAGUUGUACAGCUUCCAGGCGUUCAGUUGGCUCCUGACCAGAAUAGUGACGCCGUCACCACCUCGUACGGUGUCGUCUCCGCCGGCAAAUACGACGUCGGCUCGGCGGUCGCGGACACCCUUACCAUCAAGCAGGGAGAGAAGGGCUUUGUUGCCAACUUCGCGUACGAGCUGAGCAAGCAUCGCUGCUGGGAGCGAGAGUCGGAUGGUCUGGUGGCGAAGGUCGCUUUCUGA